AUGUCCAUUGUUUACUUUGACGUCACUGCCAACAACGAGCCCAAGGGCCGUAUCGUUUUCAAGCUCUACGACGACAUUGUGCCAAAGACCACAGAGAACUUCAGGGCCUUGUGCACUGGUGAGAAGGGCGAGUCUUCUCUGGGCCACAAGCUCCACUACAAAGGUUCGACCUUUCACCGUGUCAUCAAAAACUUCAUGUGCCAGGGAGGUGAUUUCACCAACGGCGACGGCACCGGCGGCGAGUCGAUCUACGGUGAGAAGUUUGAGGAUGAGAACUUCCAGUUGAACCACGACAAGCCCUUUUUGCUUUCGAUGGCCAACGCUGGGCCUGGCACCAACGGAUCUCAAUUUUUCAUAACCACCGUGCCUACGCCUCACUUGAACGGGAAGCACGUUGUUUUUGGUGAAGUGAUCCAGGGCAAAUCUGUGGUGAGACAGCUAGAGAGGUGCGAAAAGGGCGCCAAUGACAGACCCAAGGAAGACUGGGUGAUUGCAGACUGCGGAGAGCUUCCCAAGGAUUAUGAGCCUGAGCAAAGCACCGUGGCUGACGACGGCACGGGAGAUAUCUACGAGGCGGUGUUGGCAGACGACGAUAAGGUGGAUGUUUCGAAGCCUGAGACCGUGUUUGAGGCGGUGAAGUUCUUGAAGGAUUUGGGCACAAAGUUGCUCAAGGAAGGUAGAUGCGACAAGGCGUACGAAAAGUACAUCAAGGGCACUGAGUACCUUGCGGACUUCUUCCCUGACGACAUGAGCGAGGAGCACAUCCAGGAAAAGAACAGCUUAAACAUCUCGCUCUUCUUGAAUGCAUCUUUGGCAGCAGCUAAGGACAAGAAGGGCAAGAACGCUGUUAGUGCUGCCGAACAAGCAUUGCACUUUGAAGGAAUCACCGAUGCUCUCCUGGCGAAAGCAUGGUACAGAAAGGGUCAGGGCUACCUUUUAUGUAAAGACGAGGACAGCGCAAAAGCAGCAUUUGAGACUGCCAAUCAUUUGGUGCCAAACGACGCUGCCGUGAUAAAGGGAUUAGAGGAGGUGAAGUAUUUGGCCAAGCAGAAAGGAGAAGCAGAAGAAGCUCAUGUCGAAGAUGUUCCAAUGAUGAGUAGAUAG